AUGUCGGGCGCAUCCUCAACCCCGGUCAAGGUGCCUCCCUCGGCCGCAAACCACUCAGCAGCAACUCUCGACCCCGAGCUUCGAUCGCAAAUCAACACAUUAUUACUCAAGGAGGGUCAUGUCACGAACCUUAACGCGAACCAAGCAAACUGGCCAACCCUCAUCCAAAACCAUGCUCUCAACCUCCUGCGCAACGGCGAGGUCACGACCUUCCCAGCCCUCCUCCGCCGCGUCCUCGACGACGUCCGACAGGACACCUUUAACCCACCCGCACCAUCGACCGCGUCUCCGUCAACAUCCAAGACUAACGGCACAACGGACAAGGACAAGAAGACUAACGGCGCGUCCUCCACCCCGACACCCGCCGCAGGCACGGCAGCGUCCGCCGCGGACCCCAACAACCCGCCCAGCCUCGCCGUCCCGGCCGCUGUCGUCGAGGAAGCUAUCAAGGUGACACGCGAUAGUUUAGAGGCAGUAUGCGAAAUCGAUAACGCGGGCGGAAGCUAG